CCGCAAGCGGUGCAGUCUGGGGUUCAACACACAGGGCUGGCGUAACUGGCUAGCUAGCUGACCACUUGAAAUGGACGUGUUCUUAAUGAUCCGGCGUCACAAGACUACAAUCUUCACAGAUGCCAAGGAAUCCACCACUGUCUAUGAGCUGAAGCGUAUUGUUGAGGGAAUUCUUAAACGACCACCUGAAGACCAGCGGCUCUACAAAGAUGAUCUGUUGCUAGAGGACAUUAAAACUCUGGGUGACUGUGGAUUCACCAACCAGACUGCCAGACCUCAGGCCCCAGCUACAGUUGGUCUGGCCUUCCGCAUAAAUGAUGAGAUGUUCGAGCAGCUGCACAUUGAGGCCUUCUCCAGCCCCCCAGAACUCCCUGAUGUAAUGAAGCCUCAGGACUCUGGUAGCACUGCCAAUGAACAGGCGGUGCAGUGAUAGCAGGGAGAGGAAACGAGCAAUGGAGGGAAGGAUGGAAGUGGGUGUGUGUGGAUUAACUGCAGUGGAGAAGUAGCGGGAUGGAGGAUAUAUAAUAUAAUUUCAGUUGAUGGAUGGGAACAUUGUAGGUAACCACGCCUAUCCAUGUUACCUUCAUGCUAUCAUCCCAGCAUCCCCCCCAAUUUGCUUCACAAUUUUUUUUCCACAACACAUGCAGUUCUGCUCCUUGACAUUGCUCUUAAGCGCCAAACUGGCUCAAACAUUUUGAGUGAAGAAGUUGGUUUGGAAAGUAUGAUUGUGUGUAUGUGUGUGAAUUAUUAUAAUUAUUGUCAUUAAUAUUUUGGAAAAGGUGAAGGCAUAGUUUUGUGUCACAGUGCUCUAGAAGUAACAUGCAUGGGUAAGGAGUCCGGUGUCUGAAUCAGCGAACUGCAUGAACAAAUUCAAAACCAUGGCUUUAUUUUCACAGAAACAGAUGAACCUUCUUCUGACACGUUUCCUUGGUCUGGUUCUCCCAGUUUUUGUUGUACAUUUUUGGAUUUGAUUUCAAACCAGGAAAGAACAUCUUUAUGAUAAAUGUUACUUUUUUGUUGAUGAUGUUGUCUAUUUUUUUUCUUCAGCAUGUUUUACUUGUCACUUCUUUGUUGUAUGUUUCAUGCACUGAGACCAAAGGCAGGUACCUCUUAAACAGCAGAGGGGUUUUUUUUUGGUCCGAGGACAUUCUGUCCGUGACAUUCAGCACAGGAGGAGCAUUUUCUUUUGUUAAAACUUUCAUUUUGAAAAUGCAUACAUCACAUUUCACCACCAUCAAUGUGACACCUUCUCCUAAUCACAUAAACAUAGCCUGUAUGUGUAAGCUUGCUUAAUUAAAAGUUUUUCCUGUUUUGUU